CCCGGGUGCAGAGCAACUUCAGUUGAACGACGACUACCGAACCGAUCGCAGGAAACCCAGAAUCGUGAAGUGUUCUCUAGAGCAAAAAAUCAAACCGUAUCCGGAAGAUAAAAGUGACAUCAUGUGCAAAAGUGUGUUGAUUAGUUUGGCCUUUUUGGCUGUGAUUUCGGCUACCUUGGCCCAAUCAACUCCUCAAACCUGUGCUCAAGCCUCCAGUCUGGCCUUCGACAAUGCCGCUUACAAUGGAACAUGGUUCGAGGUGGCCCGCAAUCCCGCCCCAGCGGUGGGCUGCAUUACCUUGGAAGUGAAUGUUCAGCCACAGUACGUCCAGGUCAAUGUCAGUCACUCUAUUAGUACUACCAACCUUAAGACCGAAUCCCGCGAAAGUGCGAAUAUCACUCUGACUGCUGGCAGCACUCUUGGCUACAAUGUGUCCUUUGUGGAGGGCCAGGACACUACCUAUAAAUUUGUCAAGGUGCUGCAACUCAUUAACAAUACCUACCUGGUUGGCUGCACAUAUACGAAUGCCAACGAUGCUUCGACUAGUGCUGGAUUCAUUCUGGCCAAGUCCGGCUACAACUACACCCUUACCGAGGGAGUGAACAACAAUGCUUCUGCGCUGUACACCAACUUCCAGAGUGGUGUUGUGAACAACGUCACCCAGACUGGGUGCUUUGCCAACUCUGCAGGACAGACUCUGCCCAUGAUCACCCUCUUCCUGACCAUCGCCCUGCUGUUGAUAAAGGCCUAAAGAGGAUGGAAUCGACUUCCUGCAAUUCCUAGCCAUCAUAAAAAAUACUAGAGAAACUAAACCAAAAUGUUUGCCUAA